UUCAAAUGCCCUUCAUUAAAAUCUCUUGUUCUGGAACUUGGAAGAUUUGUCUGGGUGAUCACCAAAGUGGUGCAGGCAAUACUUUCUGCCGCUUGGAUAGCAGACGAGGCCGCCAUGGGCAGCAUGGCUUCUCUCUCUGCUCAGCGGCCGGCCCUGCAAUCAGUCUUGAGGAAGUGCCAUCAAAGUGCUAGCUGGGCCACACAAUGUGAAGUAAGUCUACAAUGCCGUGGCAUCGUCCAAGCCCUUCCAAACUUAGUUGGCUCCAGGCACAAACGUCUCAGCAAAUGCAACCUUCCAUCAGCUUCCAAUCUCGGGCCCCAAAUGCACCGGUCCUUUUUAAGUGGUUGUUCUCAGGCUUUGCGUUCGAUUCGUCACAAUGAAGCCCCCCAGAAACUAGGGAGACAACAAAUCAGAGCAGCGGCCGUUGCAGAAACACAACAAUUGGAGACCGCUGAUGCAUCAGGAGAUGCAGACCCGCUGCCAUUGGCUGAGGGCCUGGUUUGGACGAACCGGACGCACGCGUGCGGACAGCUCACAAAAGCGGACGUGGGGAAGAGCGUGAGGCUCUGUGGGUGGGUGGCACAGCAGAGGAGUCAUGGGGGGGUGGCAUUUGUGAACCUAAGGGAUCACACAGGGAUCAUCCAGAUAGUGUCAAACCCGACACGCUUUGCUGCGGUUCACCUGGCCGCCGAGAGGGUGCGACUAGAGUACGUGGUCGUUGUGGAGGGCACAGUGCAGCCGCGACCGGACGAAAUGGUCAAUCCAAACAUGCCAACGGGGGAGGUCGAGGUCGUAGCGGAGAGCCUGCAGCUGCUGAAUCCGGUGAGGGGAGCGCUGCCGCUGCAAGUGAUGGUCGCUGAGGAACAGGAGGAAGCGCGAGAGGAGACGAGGCUCAGGUACCGCCACCUGGACCUCCGGCGGCCGCAGAUGAGCGCGAACCUGCGCAUGCGCCACGCCGUUGUCAAGUGCAUGCGGCGUUUCCUGGAGGACGACCACAACUUUAUCGAGAUCGAGACGCCCAUUCUGACGCGAUCGACGCCCGAAGGCGCGCGGGACUACCUCGUGCCCAGCCGCGUACAGCCGGGCGAGUUUUACGCCCUGCCCCAAAGCCCCCAACUCUUCAAGCAGAUGCUCAUGGUCUCCGGCUUCGACCGGUACUACCAGAUUGCAAGGUGUUUCCGGGACGAGAGUUUGCGGUCCGACCGGCAACCCGAGUUUACGCAAGUGGAUAUGGAGAUGUCGUUCAUGACGCAGGAGGACAUUCUACAGCUCAACGAGGACCUGAUCCGCAAAGUGUUCAAGGAAAUUCGGGGGGUGGACUUGCCGAGGCCGUUCCCGCGGCUGACGUAUGCUGACGCCAUGGCGCGCUUCGGGAGCGACAAACCGGACCUCCGAUUCGGGAUGGAGAUUAAGGACAUGUCGGAUCUAGUUGCGGACUCGAGCUUCAAGGUGUUCUCUGGAGCAAUAGCGAGUGGCGGGGCUGUCAGGGCGAUCGUUGUGACUGGGGGCGCGGAGUCCAUCUCAAAACAGCGGCUGAAAAAGGGCGACGUUCUGGAGCAAGCCGUGAGCGCGGGAGCGCAGGGGCUGGCGUACAUCCGGGUGCUCAAGGAUGGUGAACUCGACACCAUUCCGGCUGUUGCGUCCAGUCUCUCGGGAGAGGGCCAAGCCGCGCUUCUCGAGCGGUGCGGCGCGGGACCCAACGACCUCAUCCUCUUCGCGGCGGGGCCUCAACCGUUGGUGGCGCGCGUGUUGGAUCGGUUGCGGAAUUACUUGGGAGACAAGCUGGGCCUCAUAGUCAAGAACGCACAUGCAAUCCUCUGGAUCACCGAGUUCCCGCUGUUCGAGUUCAACGAGGAGGAGCAACGGCUGGAAGCGCUGCACCACCCGUUCACGGCGCCGCAUCCGGACGAUAUGGACGAUCUGCGGAACGGACGGGCGCUCGCAUACGAUAUGGUCUACAACGGGACGGAGAUCGGCGGCGGCAGUCUGCGCAUCUACCGGCGGGAGUUCCAAGAGAAGAUGUUUGAGCUCAUUGGCCUUUCUCCAGAGCAGGCGGAGGAAAAGUUCGGGUACCUUUUAGAAGCUUUUGACUGCGGCGCCCCACCUCACGGUGGCAUCGCUUAUGGUCUCGACCGACUAGUUAUGCUGCUGGCACAGGAGUCCAGUAUACGAGACGUAAUCGCCUUUCCGAAAACCACACAAGCAGUAGACCUUCUUACUCGGGCUCCUUCGAGCGUGGAUCCAAAGCAAUUAGAGGAACUAUCUAUCAAGGUCGUAAGUUGAGAUGGUAUUCAAGAAAUCGUGCCGCCGUCUCAGUGCUGCACGUGAUUGAAUUCUAUGGCCAAAGGACACUUAUAAGCAAGUCAAGAGUCCGGUUUGAACACAACCGGACAGACACUUCUCGGUGAUACCGCACGGACAGACCGGGGCCCUUGAAGUACAUCGAAGCAGGUUCCCGUUCGUGCAGUCGAUCGAAUCGUUCAGCAGUGUGCGGUCGAACGAGACAGACAAGAUACAUGAACUUGGAUCCGUCAAAGUGUCGAGCUUGACGGUGCGGAUUGCUUUCAAUACUUCAAACCGUGAUUAGCUCUAAAGCAGAGCUAUAGUACUUUGAAAUUGAGCGCUUCUCCACAGUCACAAAUACUCGAUGUGAUUGCAGGUGGAGCCUCGAGUCGAGAUGGCCUGGAAUAGCUAGUCUACAAAAUCACCUUAUGUCAACGGCGGCAGCUUCAUAGUUGAUCGAUCGAGGGCUUUGGACAAUGGAAAGCUUGCCGUGCUGAACUUACUAGUGUGCUUUGAUAGCCGACUACUCAGCUUCAUGUAUGACCAUAGCUGCUGCGUCCGGUUG